AUGGGACAGAAGGACUAUGAGGACACUGAGGAGGCUCGCUCUCUGGAACCUGGUCUGGACCCCGGUCUGGACUCAGGACUGGACUCAGAACUGGAGCUGGUCUACCUGCACCUGACGGGACAAGAGUGCCCCCUUGCAAUGGAGGGGGAGAGGGAGGAAGUCCGACCUGCUCACCAGCCACUGUGCAGGAGCCGAUGUGUGGACUUAGGACCCGAGGGGCCGCCGACUGAGGUCCAGGCUGAGGCCCAGACAGAGGCCCAGACAGAGGCCCAGACAAAGGCCCAGACAGAGGCCCAGACAGAGGCCCAGACAAAGGCCCAGACAGAGGCCCAGACAGAGGCACUGACUGACAAACAACGAGAUCUUAGAAAUGGUCACGACCCAAAUCCAGAGUGUGAUCUCAAACCUCAUACCACAGACCCAGAGCCUCAGUCCUCCCCACAGUCUCCAGCAGAGGGCAGUGUGGAGCUGCAGACCAAACUGGACUUUGCUCUCAAACUGGGCUACAGCGAGCAGACGGUGCGCUGGGUGUUGUCCAAGCUGGGUCCACGUACACUCAUAAACGACGUGCUGGCGGAGCUGGUGCGCAUCGGAACCAUGGCAGCGGAACCGGACCAGGACCCGCAGAGACCCGAGACUGGACUGGACACCCAGGACAAGGGCCGCGGAGCAUCGCCGUCUCCUGAGGGCGAACGCAACAACCUGCGGCCAGUGGUAGUGGAUGGCAGCAAUGUGGCCAUGAGCCACGGUAACAAGGAGAUGUUCUCGUGCCGGGGCAUUCAGCUCGCCGUGGACUGGUUCUUGGAGCGCGGCCACAAUGACAUCACCGUGUUUGUGCCGGCAUGGAGGAAGGAGCAGUCCCGGCCUGACGCACCAAUCACAGACCAGCAUGUCCUCCGUAUCCUGGAGAAGCAGAAGGUCCUGGUCUUCACUCCGUCCCGCAGAGUCCAGGGCAGACGUGUGGUCUGCUACGACGACCGCUUCAUCGUGAAACUGGCAUUUGAGAGCGACGGCGUCAUCGUCUCCAACGACAACUACAGAGACCUCGGCAACGAGAAACCGGAGUGGAAGAGGUUCAUUGACCAGAAGCUGCUGAUGUUCAGCUUCGUCAACGACAAAUUCAUGCCUCCGGACGAUCCUUUGGGGCGACACGGGCCAAGUCUGGACAACUUUCUCCGAAAGAGACCGUUGAUGCCAGAGCAGAAGAAGCAGCCGUGUCCCUAUGGUAAAAAGUGCACAUAUGGACACAAGUGUAAGUACUUCCACCCGGACAGAGGAGCGCAGCCGCAGAGAGCAGUGGCCGACGAGCUCCGAGCCAGCGCCAGAACCCCCACUAAGACACAGACCAAGACGCAGACCGAUCCUGGCCUCGUCAAGUCCCACAGCUUACCAGCAGCCCCCAAACGCCCGUGCGAACCCAGUCUCCGCGCUCUGUCCUGCAGCGACGCAGACACGGCACAGGCCACAGGAAGUCCCGCCCCCAUCGCCAUGGCUAUAGGAAGUCUCGCUCUUGUUAAAACUAUUGUGCAAGUUCCGCAGGAGGAGAUCAGAGACAUCCGUGAAGCUCCGCACCUGGUUUGCCAGUCACCAGAAUACUACAGCGUCACAAGGGACCUCAGCCGGCUUUCUAUGGACUGUAGACCAAACCAGGACCUUGGGACAAACUUCAGACCAAAUCAGGACUUUGCAUUGAACUAUCGCUCCAACCGGGAUAUGGGAACGUUAAACGAGCAAUCUAGAACAGGCUAUAGCUACAACCAGGAAAUAUCUGAUCAAGACUUUAUGAAGAACGUGAGACCAAACCAAGACUCUACGACCAAUAACAGAACCCCAGUCGUUGGGAAGGAGAUCAGACCCAGAGAGGACUUUGAGACCAACUAUCGGCCAACCCAUGACCUUAGAACUUUAAGCCAGAACCCUGAAAUAGAAUAUGGAUUCAACCAGGAACCAUCCCACGAGUUUGAUAAUGACUUUAGACCUCACCAGGAUUCUACAACUAACUAUAGACCAAGCCAUGUCUUUGGGAAGGACUUUAGACCAAACCAGGAAUUUGGGAUGAAUAUAAUAUCUAACAAGGACUUGGGAACUUUCAAUCAGGACUCUACAACUGACUUCAGACUGACGACAUUUGGACCAAGUCCGGAUUUACGAUCUCAUCCUGAUACUGCACCUGACUACAGACCUAACCAUCUCUUUGGGAAGCACUUUAGAUCCCUUCAGGACCCUGGAAUAUUCAGCCAGGACUCUACAGUGGACUAUAGAUACAACCAAGACCAUAGAAACAGCUACCGACUCAGUCAAGACUCUACUACGGACGUGAGGCGGUUGGAUUUUGGACCGGACUAUCGACCGUUCCAUGACUUUAGACGAGAUAUGAGUUUCAACCAAGACUUAAGGUCGAACCUUAGAUCCAACCAGGACUCUUUGCCUGACCUGAGAUCCAGCCGGGACCAAAGAUUCAGCCAAGACCUGAGAUGUAGCCAGGACUUUGGACCUGAAUUUGGAUCACGUCAGGAGUUUACACUGGACUAUAGACCCAAACAUGGCUUCAGGCCGCUCUAUAAACCUGAAUUUCCACCCAACAAGGACUUUAGAGCGGACUUCCGACCUCCUCAGGACUUCAGGCGAUUCCAGGACUUGCGACCAUCUCCGGACCAGGAUUACAGGCUGGGCUCGCUGGGCUCGACCGGCUCCGAAUGCGGCAGUGAAAGCAGCAGCUGCGAUUCCUCCGAGGACUUCCACUAUUAUGGAACACAGCGCUUAUACCUCCAGGAGCAGCACGCAAGCAGACACUUCGACCCGCGCCCCCGACCCAAGGCGCUGCCUCACUGGGACACGUGCUUCCGGCCGCCGCUGGUGGACUCUCGCGCGGACUGCUCGCCUGGGUACUGGGAGGAUCUGGGGCCACACUUCCAUGCCCAGGCCCGGGAAAAGGCCUUUGUGAACCUAUCCAACAUCUUUCCCUCGGAACUGGUCGGCCACGUGAUGGCGCAAUGUCCCCACAUCACUGACCCACAGCAACUUGCCGCCGCCAUCUUAGCCGAGAAGGCUCAGGGCGGGUUCUGA